GGAGGGAGGCUGUCGUGGGUCCUUCUGUUCCAGGCGGCAGCUUCCGCAUUUCUGUCCCAGCCGGGCUCGCGCCUCGCCUCCUCUUCCUGUUCGCCGGACGGAGAAGCGUGCCAAGAUGGUGGUUCUCUCUAAAGAAUACGGUUACGUGAUUCUCACUGGUGCUGCCAGUUUCGUUGUGGUAAUGCAUCUUGCAAUAAAUGUUGGAAAAGCACGGAAGAAGUUCAAAGUGGAGUACCCAAACAUGUAUAGUACAGACCCUGAAAAUGGUCACCUCUUUAACUGUAUCCAGAGGGCACACCAGAACACGCUAGAAGUGUAUUCUCCCUUCUUGUUCUUCCUUGGAAUUGGUGGGCUCUCCCAUCCGCGUGCUGCUACAGGACUUGGUGUGGCAUGGAUUAUUGGAAGACUGCUCUAUGCCUAUGGCUACUACACAGGGGAUCCCAAGAAACGAAACCGGGGUGCUCUUGGUUCAUUUGCGCUCCUUGGUUUGGCAGGAACCGCUGUUUGCACAGCCUCCCAGCUUCUUGGUUGGAACUGCAGAGAAUAAAGAUCACGUCCUCUUUGGCUGCUGAGAAGUCUAAAUCUUUCCAUAAUACAAUUUUUAUUUUAAAAAUAAACUGACAUUGAAAACUUGGUAUAUAA